CCACCAGUCCGGAGCAUCUUUCUUGAGCACUUCACGUCCGUAGUGACUGCUGGAAGUCCACGUUUAUAACCAAGAAAUCAGUUACAGUCUCCGACAGUAUGCAUGGCAACGGAGCACUGUACUCACAUUCACCAAACAUGUUUGGUGUGGCUGUGAUGCCGAAGUCUGCCCCCAUGGAGGGAUACCGGCUGUUCCGAGAUGCUCUGAUCAUGCCUUUGGAUCUAGGCCAGGACCAUAUAACUGAUGCUUACCUCUUCUCUGAAUAUGACGACAACACGACGCCAGUCACCGCAAGCUCACCGUCAACACCGUCUUCUGAGAUCUCAAGCUUGUGCCCUAGCUGGACAUUACUCCCAAGAGAGCGAAAAGUGGAUCUGAGCAGCUGGGACGCAACUCCGGAUUGGAUCAAACGGCGUUCACCGCGAUUUUGUGACCUGGACGACGGUCUUCUUGGCCGUGAGAAGCGGCGGCACAUGGACGAGCCGCAUGACCUUGUGGUUGCGUCAGUGGAGCCGCCCGAAGCAGGGCCGAACAAUCCGGGUACGCCAUUUCGGUUUGUCGAGAUCCACCCUGACAAUAUUUUGUCUGGCGAAGUCCAUCGUGCGAAAGGAGAGUGGAAACGUGGACGACCAAGGCUUCGGAAGUCAGCCUCAAACGCCAAGUCUAAGGUCGGAAUCACCACCGGAGGUCAAUGUGGAAUGGAUCGGAUGGAUACUGAAACUUCUGGGGAGCCUACGACUUGUUAUAGACAGGUGGCAGCACGACAUGAGCCGAGUCUCUUUCAACCAGUCUUCGACCAUCUCCUCGUAACAGAUCAGGAGAGAGAUUUCUUCGCAGGACUGUUUGCUCCCAGCUUCUUCGAUUGAGACGAGUACAGAAGACUGCAACGAGAUAUAGAUAUCCGGGGGUGAGAAGCUACAGCCUCACCGACCCAGCAGUGAGGCCCUAACUGUGUGACACGACCAUGCAACCUGCGCUGCUUCGCAAGGGCUGAUGUUCGAUCU